UUGCCCGGAAUUGGCGACCAUAGUCAACAAAAUCGUCACGACUCAGUUAAGAAAUUAAAUCGUCUUGCCGAUCCAAGAGUGAUUAAAACCCAUUUGCCGUUCUCUUUGCUACCGAGACGAACUAGAGAAGGUGGUGACAUUCCUAAGAUAAUUUAUAUCAUGAGAAAUCCAAAAGAUGUCUUCAUUUCGUACUAUCACUACAGUCGCGCUGCACUAGGGUGGCGCGCGAGCAAAGAAGAGCUCGCGAAAGUAUUCAUGGGAGGCCCGAUAUUUUACGGGCCGUACUGGAAGAGCGUGUUGGGAUAUUGGAAUUUAAGGCACUCGCCGAACGUUCUAAUCUUAAAAUACGAAGAGAUGAUAAAGGAUCUUCGGGCUGUGAUUCGGAGAACGUGCGAGUUUUUGGAAAUGGAGCCACUCACGCACGAGCAAAUGGAGAAGCUGUGUAGGCAUCUCAGUUUCAACAGCAUGAAAGAUAAUGGUGCGGUCAACCGUGCGGAGACGUUGAGCGCCAGGAAGAGUAUUGCAGUGAAUCCAGCUCUUUUUAUGAGAUGCGGAAAGAUUGGGCAGUGUAGGUGGGAAAUGAGUCCGCAGAUGAUAGCCGAGUUUGAUGAAUGGAUUAAAAGGAGCAUUGAGGGUACAGAUUUAAGUGAAAAAUACGCUUGCUCUGGCAAAGACGAUUGA